CAAACCCUCUCUCGCCCUUCUCCGGUCACCAUGGCAGGGAUGGGCAGCUUCUGGACGCGGGUGUGCUGCGCGACCUUCGCUCUUCUGCUUUCCCCUCCCGUCGAAGCCCAAGAUGAUGUUUCCCCAUAUUUCAAGACAGAGCCAGUCCGUACCCAAGUCCAUCUGGAGGGGAACCGCUUGGUCCUGACCUGCAUGGCAGAAGGCAGCUGGCCUCUGGAGUUCAAAUGGUUGCACAACAACAGGGAAUUAACCAAGUUCUCCUUAGAGUACAGGUACAUGAUCACAUCCCUGGACCGAACUCAUGCCGGCUUCUACCGCUGCAUCGUGCGCAAUCGCAUGGGAGCCCUUCUGCAAAGGCAGACAGAAGUGCAGGUGGCAUAUAUGGGGAGCUUUGAAGGGAGUGAGAAGCAGCAGAGCGUCUCACACGGAGAAGCUGCCGUUAUCCGUGCUCCCCGAAUUGCCAGCUUCCCUCGCCCCCAGGUCACGUGGUUCCGUGAUGGACGCAAAAUUCCCCCCAGCAGUCGCAUAGCCAUCACACUGGAGAACACUCUUGUGAUCUUGUCGACCGUAGCACCUGAUGCUGGAAGGUACUAUGUGCAAGCUGUGAAUGACAAGAAUGGAGACAAUAAAACCAGCCAACCCAUCACACUAACUGUGGAGAAUGUAGGUGGCCCAGCAGAUCCCAUUGCACCAACCAUCAUUAUUUCACCUCGCAACACUAGUGUAAUUGCCGGCACCUCGGAGGUGAUCCUGGAGUGUGUGGCCAAUGCCAGGCCGCUCAUCAAAUUGCACAUCAUCUGGAAGAAGAACGGGGUGCCCGUGUCAAGUGGCAUCAGCGACUACAACCGGCGCCUGACCAUCCUCAAUCCCACUUUGAGUGACAGCGGCUACUAUGAAUGCGAAGCUGUGCUGCGAAGUAGCAGUGUGCCUUCUGUGGUGCGGGGAGCCUACCUCUCUGUGCUGGAGCCACCUCAGUUUAUCAAAGAACCAGACAGGCACAUCACAGCUGAGAUGGAGAAGGUGGUACAGAUUCCUUGCCAGGCCAAAGGUGUACCUCCACCCAGUAUGUCCUGGUACAAGGAUGCUGCACUGCUUGAAGUACAGAAGCUCUCUCGUUUCCAGCUCCUUGCCAAUGGGAGCUUGCAGAUCAGCGGGCUGGUGCCAGACGAUACGGGCAUGUUCCAGUGCUUUGCUCGCAAUGCUGCUGGCGAGGUGCAAUCCUCCACGUACCUAGCUGUCACCAGCAUUGCACCCAACAUAACCAAAGGCCCUCUGGACAGCACUGUGAUCGACGGAAUGGCUGUGGUGCUCACCUGUGAGACUUCAGGGGCUCCUAGACCCGCAAUCACCUGGCAGAAAGGGGAGCGAAUCUUGGCUAGUGGCUCAGUGCAGCUUCCUCGUUUUACACUGCUGGAGUCAGGCAGCCUCCUGGUCAGUCCUACGCGGAUCUCAGAUGCCGGCAGCUACACUUGCUUGGCCACCAACUCCCGUGGUGUAGAUGAGGCAUCUGCUGAACUUGUUGUCUGGGCCCGGACACGCAUCACCAACCCCCCUCAGGAUCAGAGUGUCAUCAAAGGCACCAAAGCAUCUAUGACCUGUGGAGUGACCAACGAUCCCAGUGUGGUUGUCCGGUUCAUUUGGGAGAAGGACGGCACAGCAUUAAAUGUGGAGAACGUGCCACGCAUGCGACUGGACAACACGGGGACUUUACACAUUGCCCAGACCUGGUCAGGCGACAUUGGCACCUACACCUGUCGGGUGGUGUCUGCUGGAGGCAAUGACUCUCGCAGUGCCCACCUACGAGUCCGGCAGCUCCCCCAUGCACCAGAAAACCCCAUUGCUGCGCUGAGCAUGGUAGAGAAACGAGCCAUCAACUUAACAUGGACCAAGCCCUUUGAUGGAAACAGCCCACUGCUGCGUUACAUCCUGGAGGUCUCUGAGAACAAUGCUCCCUGGACAGUGCUGAUGGCCAGUGUAGACCCUGAAGUAGUCUCAGUGCUGGUGAGAGGCCUGGUUCCUGCCCGCUCCUACCAGUUCCGGCUCUGUGCUGUCAAUGAUGUGGGCAAAGGCCAAUUCAGCAAGGACACAGAGAGGGUUUCCCUUCCUGAGGAACCGCCCACAGCACCCCCACAGAAUGUCAUUGCCAGCGGCCGCACCAAUCAGUCCAUCAUGAUCCAAUGGCAGCCACCUCCAGAGAACCACCAGAAUGGCAUCCUCAAGGGCUACAUCAUCAGAUUUUGCCUGGCUGGUCUUCCUGUUGGCUACCAGUUCAGAAACAUCACCAAUGCCGAUGUCAACAACCUGCUGCUGGAGGAUCUGAUCAUUUGGACCAAUUAUGAGAUUGAGGUGGCAGCAUACAACAGUGCUGGGCUGGGAGUCUACAGUUCCAAAGUCACUGAAUGGACCCUCCAGGGUGUCCCCACAGUGUCUCCAGGAAAUGUACAGGCUGAGGCUACCAACUCUACCACCAUACGUUUCUCAUGGAACCCACCCAGCCCCCAGUUUGUGAAUGGCAUCAAUCAAGGCUACAAGCUGAUCGCCUGGGAACCAGGACAAGAAGAAGACAUGACGAUGGUAACAGUGCGGCCUAACUUCCAAGAUAAUAUCCACGUGGGUUAUAUCCCAGGUCUCAAGAAGUUCACAGAGUACUAUACUUCCGUGCUGUGUUUCACCACACCAGGCGACGGACCUCGUAGCCCACCACAGCUGGUGCGCACCCAUGAGGACGCUCCGGGUCCAGUUGGACACCUCGGCUUCAGUGAGAUCCUGGACACAUCUCUGAAAGUCAGCUGGCAAGAGCCUGUGGAAAAGAAUGGCAUCCUGACAGGCUACCGGAUCUCCUGGGAGGAAUUCAAUCGCACAAACACACGUGUAACACACUACCUGCCUAAUGUCACACUUGAGUACCGGGUAACAGGCCUCACAGCCCUGACCACCUAUACCAUUGAAGUGGCAGCUAUGACUUCCAAGGGACAGGGUCAAGUUUCCUCUUCCACCAUUUCUUCUGGGGUUCCUCCAGAACUCCCAGGCCCCCCUACCAACCUGGGCAUCUCCAACAUUGGUCCCCGCUCAGUCACACUUCAGUUCCGCCCUGGUUAUGACGGCAAGACAUCCAUUUCCAGGUGGCAAGUGGAAGCUCAGGUUGGUCAAAUUGGUGACAGUGAGGAGUGGAUCCUCAUCCACCAGAUGUCUAAUGAGCCAGAUGCCCGGCCUCCCAUGGAAAGUGCCUCCAACCUCAGUCCCUGGCUACACAUACCUUUACAGCUUCCUCAGAGCGCGUGGCAAGUGAACAUUGUAGGCACCAGCCCGCCUAGCCUGCCAUCCCGCAGGAUCCAGACAUUGCAGGCUCCACCUGAUGUGUCUCCUGCCAAUAUCACACUACGCACUGCCAGUGAAACCAGCCUAUGGCUCCGAUGGAUGCCCUUGCCGGAAACAGGGUACAACGGCAGCCCUGAAUCAGUGGGCUAUCGCCUGCGCUACUCACGCUUAGAUGGGCGCGGCCGCACACUGGCCCACACCAUCCAUGACCGUAUGGAGCGUGAAUUCACCAUUGAAGAUCUGGAAGAAUGGACCGAAUACCGUGUGCAGGUGCAGGCCUUCAAUGCCAUUGGGCCUGGGCCAUGGAGUCAGACCGUGGUGGGGCGAACCAGGGAGUCAGUGCCUUCCUCUGGACCAACCAACAUAUCAGCCCUGGCUACCACCUCCACCUCCAUGCUGGUACGGUGGAAUGACAUUCCUGAGCCUGAUCGAAAUGGGCUUGUACUGGGCUAUAAGGUAUUGUAUAAAGAAAAGGACUCAGACAUGAGGGCCCAGUUCCAAGUGGUAGAGGGCAAUGCCUCAAGGAGUGCCCAGCUCAUAGGCAUGGGCAAGUACGUCUUGUACGAGAUCCGGGUGCUUGCUUUCACCCGCAUUGGUGAUGGUGUGUCCAGCAACCCACCCAUCCUUGAACGCACGUUGGAUGAUGUGCCUGGGCCUCCAGUUGGCAUCCUCUUCCCUGAAGUGAGAACCACUUCUGUACGGCUCAUCUGGCAAUCACCCACUGCUCCCAAUGGCAUCAUUCUGGCAUACCAGAUCACCCACCGCCUCAACACUUCCACUGCGAAUUCAGCUAGUGUGGAAAUACUCAACCCCAGUGCCCGCCAAUUUACAGCUACUGGUCUUAGACCUGAGUCCACCUACCUCUUCCGUAUCACAGCUCAGACUCGAAAGGGCUGGGGUGAGGCAGCAGAAGCACUGGUUGUCACAACUGAGAAGAGAGAUCGUCCCCAACCUCCAAGCAAGCCAGUGGUGCUGCAAGAGGAUGUCAAUGCAAGGAGUGUAUUGUUAUCCUGGGAACCAGGCAGUGAUGGUCUCUCACCAGUCCGUUAUUAUACUGUGCAAACACGGGAACUCCCCGAUGGGAAAUGGGUGCUACAUUCUGCCUCUGUCAGACAUAAUACCACAUCCUUCAUAGUCAACAGACUGAAGCCUUUCACCACCUAUAAGUUCCGAGUCAAGGCAACCAAUGACAUUGGUGAUAGCGAGUACAGUGAAGAGUCAGAGUCACUGACCACACUACAGGCCACCCCAGAGGAAGCUCCUACAAUCUUGUCUGUGACACCACACACCACCACAUCAGUGCUGAUCCGUUGGCAGGCGCCAUCAGAAGACAAAAUCAAUGGGAUCUUGCUAGGUUUCCGCAUCCGCUAUCGGGAGCUGACAUACGAAGGGGUGCGGGGCUUCACUGCACGCAGCAUCGGUAAUCCCAAUGCAAAAUGGACAGAACUGACCUCAAUGUACGCCAUGCGGAACCUGACUGAGGCCUCCCUCACGCAGUACGAGCUGGACAAUCUCAACAAGCACCAUCGCUAUGAGAUCCGAAUGAGCGUCUACAAUGCUGUGGGUGAGGGACCCACCAGCUCACCACAGGAAGUCUUUGUUGGGGAGGCUGUACCCACAGCUGCACCACAGAACGUGGCCAUUCAGAGUGCCACAGCCACCCAGCUUGACAUCACAUGGGAUCCCCCACCUCCUGAGGCACAGAAUGGAGACAUCCAAGGAUAUAAGAUCUAUUUUUGGGAGACUCAGCGGCAGAAUGAAACUGAACGGCUUAAAACACUCUUCCUUCCAGAGAGUGGCGUCAAACUCAAGAAUCUGACUGGCUACACGGCCUACUUGGUCAGCAUCCUAGCCUUCAAUGCUGCAGGUGAUGGGCCCCGCAGUGCUCCCAUCAAGGGCAGGACCCAGCAAGCAGCCCCCAGUUCUCCAGGCUUUAUCAAGUUCAGUGAGCUCACCACCACCUCUGUGAACGUAUCAUGGGAUCCACCUCUCUUCCCCAACGGAAUCCUUGAGGGCUACCGGCUGAUCUAUGAACCCUGCAUGCCUGUGGAUGGGGUCAGCAAGAUUGUUACCGUUGAUGUGAAAGGAAACAGCCCUCUUUGGUUGAAGGUCAAAGAUCUGGCCGAAGGUGUCACUUACCGGUUCCGGAUCAGAGCCAGAACUUUCACCUAUGGGCCAGAAGUAGAAGCCAACAUUACCACAGGACCAGGAGAAGGUGCUCCAGGUCCCCCAGGUGAGCCCUUUAUAUCCAGGUAUGGCUCAGCCAUCACCAUCCACUGGUCAAGUGGCGAUACAGGCAAAGGGCCUAUCACCAGAUAUGUUAUUGAGGCACGACCUUCAGACGAGGGGCUCUGGGACAUUCUUAUAAAGGACAUCCCCAAGGAAGUGACCUCAUAUACUUUCAGCAUGGAUAUUUUGAAACAGGGAGUCAGCUACGACUUCCGCGUCAUUGCUGUCAAUGAUUAUGGCUACGGGACGCCCAGUGCUCCCUCCCCAUCAGUCUCAGCUCAAAAAGCAAACCCUUUCUAUGAGGAAUGGUGGUUCCUGGUGGUCAUCGCUUUGGUAGGACUCAUCUUCAUCCUCCUGCUUGUCUUUGUCCUUAUCAUCCGUGGGCAAAGCAAGAAGUAUGCCAAGAAGUCAGACUCAGGGAGCAACUCCAAAUCAAACGCACUUGGCCACGGAGAGAUGGUCAGCCUGGAUGAGAGCAGCUUCCCAGCCCUUGAGUUAAAUAACCGGCGCCUGUCAGUCAAGAAUUCCUUCUGUCGGAAGAAUGGCAUCUACACAAGCUCUUCCGUGUCUCUCCCGAGGUCCCCACCCCGGCCGAGCCCUGGCUCCCUGCACUAUUCAGAUGAGGAUGUCACCAAAUAUAAUGACCUCAUCCCAGCUGAGAGCAGCAGCCUUACUGAGAAGCCCUCAGAGAUCUCUGACUCACAGGGAAGCGACAGUGAAUAUGAAGUGGAUCAGAACCAGCAGAAAGCUCACUCCUUUGUCAACCAUUACAUCAGUGACCCUACUUACUACAACUCAUGGAGGCGUCAACAGAAGGGCAUAUCCAGGGCUCAGGCUUACAGUUACACAGAGAGCGACUCUGGCGACCCCGACCAGUGCCCGAUGUCCAACAGCACCAGCACUCAACAAGGCAGCCUCUUCCGACCGAAAACUAGUAGGACUCCAACACCACAAACUCCAGUCAAUCCUCCCAGCCAGCAGAGCACCCUUUACCGACCCCCCAGUAGCCUUGCCCCUGGGUCCAGAGCCCCUAUUGCUGGGUUUUCUUCUUUUGUUUGACAUUUUUAAAAGAAGAAAAAGAGAAAAACGGUGAAGAAGAAGAAGAAUGGAUUUAACAACAACAACAAUAAUAAUGGCAAACGUUUUGGUCCAGAAUUAUUAUUUUUUCAGCGGUGAUGGGAAGAUCAUACGGGAGACAAACAGUCCUAGUUGAGUUUGGAAUCAUUUGCUGCUGCUGCUUCUAGUAUUGCACAGUGCUCAAAGGGAUUACUGGUUUGCAAACACACGCCCAGAACAAGAUAGGAGGCGAGCCUGUUCGUGGGCCUGGAGCGGAAGGAAGGAAGGCAACAGGGUAAAAAAUGGGAGCCCCCAAAGCUAAGACAAUGUUUGGCCUUUCUGACCACCUCUUUGCAGGUCACCCUUCUAAACAGAGAAAGGAAUUGUGAAUCGGCGUUUCUCAGAAUACUUGUGUUGAGUUUGACUUUUUUUCCCCCUCCAGCCAAAGUUGUCCUCGGAAGGGAACUGGUGAGGGCUCCACAAGCUGUCAAUAUGAGCCAGCUUGGCUGCUGCAGCCAGUGCUCCAAGAAAUUUGAUGCAGCACUUGGCUAGUGUGAUGUGCAAAACACUGGUCCGGGAGAACACGGGCCAGGCAGCAAACAGCUGGCCAACGAGGAAGGAAGACUCCGAACCUAGCCCACAGCAAUUCUACAUCAAGAGGCUUUGUGAACCAGUAUAACACUGAAGAGAAUCCCAGUCGCAGUAGCCAUGUUAAGUGUUUUAUUACUGUUUCUACAGGGCAAACAGCGCCUCCUCUCAGAACUAGUUUUACCUCGAUUCUGCUCUUCCGCUACAGGUUGGAACUUUUGCAAAAGUUAGCCAAGCUGAAUGGUGCUGAUUAGAAAAACAGUGCGGUUUUCUUUUGUGCAUUUUGAGGUGAGGUUAGGAAAGUGCAUUUGUGGCAGUUGCAGGAUUCACAGGAGGCAGCGUUCUGUCCUGGGGCAGAGAAACAUUAUCAGCAUCACCUCACUGGAAAGUGCCUGCUCCCUACUUGGAGGGAGAGCUGAGCACACACAGCCAAACUAAGGCAGAAGCCACCCCACAUGGUUGGUUGGAGAGUCUCUCAGCAUCCUGAGUUGUUCUCAGUUCCUUUUGCCCCCUUCACUUCAUUGGACAGGGAGAGAGGAAGGGGAGGGAGGAAGUCCCAAUCCUAUUCAAGUGCAAUUUGAGGAGGUCUUCAGGGAAAAGAUAUAAACUUGAUCUUUUAAAUGCUGCACGGCCCCUUGGUGCUGGCUUUAGAAUGGAUAAUUAGGGGGGCUUACUUAUCCCUCGCUGCAGCAUUUUUUUUUCUCUUCCUGCUAUCCAAAUUAAAUGUUCUCUUCAGUUCUAUAGAAAAGGAGAGUUUGUCCCCAUUCCCCUUUUUAUAGGUUACUUUUUUAAAUUCCCCCAAAACAUUAGUAUGAGAGAGGGAGGUGGAAUAGGGUGGGUGUUGAUGAAGUGUUGCAUUGAAAGGGGUAGCCUCUCUCUUUUUUCCUUUUUUUAAAAAAAUUCUAUGUUAGCACAAAGGUAAGGGGGAUGACAGGUGGGAAGUUAUUGUUUUUCGUCGGGGCCUAGCAGACUAUACACAAACACACACAGAGUGCCUACUGAGUCCCCAGAUCUGCUGUGGAGGCCAUUUUCUUUUUCUAAGAAAGUCAUGGUUUAGAGCAAAAAAGGGAGUUCAGAAAUUGUGGGAGGAAGAAGGGGACCCACAAAACAAUGAGCAUCAUGCUCUCAGUGGGUUAGCCUUUCUUUCCUGGGAGUGCUAAGAAUCUAUAUCCAUUUAAUCCUCUCACCUCACCCAUGCCUUUAUUUGCACAUCGUUUUCAGAGCCUGGUUACAAAGAACUGAGCCUGGCACAUAGGGUCCUUUUAAUAAAGAGUCAAAAUGCAAA